UCGACUAGCGUCAUUUUCAAGCUGAUAUCUCUCCGAAACAACUUACCAGCCAUGGAUCCAGCCUUAGCAUUUGAGCAAUCCAUAAUUUCUAGAAACCAAUUUUUGUUCGAGACAGUACAUCGUGACAAUUCUGCAAUACAACGGUUCUAUGGCGGUCGAGUUAUUUUUAUCACCGGAGGAUCUGGUUUCAUGGGAAAAUUACUUAUCGAAAAACUAUUCAGAACAUGUGAAAUCAAAAAAAUGUAUGUUAUGGUUCGACCCAAGAAAGAAUCAAUGCCAUGUCAAAGAAUAGUAAAGAUAUUCGAAGAUCCUGUGUUCGACGGUUUGAAAAAAAUGCAACCGAAUUUCGUUGAUAAAAUUGAAGCAAUAGAAGGGGAUAUUGCUGAAACACGAUUAGGUAUUAACGAUAACAAUUGGAAUAGAUUGAUCGAAGAAGUAAAUGUUAUAUUCCAUAUGGCAGCCGUUGUUAGAUUUGAUGCACCACUUAAGUCAACUGUAUUGUCGAAUGUACGCGGAACACGGGAAGCGAUUCGUUUGGGAAAAUGUUGCAAAUUGCUACGUAGUUUUGUUUAUGUCUCGACAGCUUACAGUCAUGCGACUCGAAGUCGUAUUGGAACUGAGAUAUCGGAAGAUUUUCACGAGAGUCCAGCAUCUCCUGAUGCACUUAUACAACUUGUUGAAACUCUCGACGAAGACAAGCUUAAUGAAGCAACACCCGUUUUAAUAAAGGAUUGGCCUAAUACUUACUCAUUUUCAAAAGCUGUCGCAGAAGAAAUGAUACGUAUUACGGCUGGAGACUUGCCGAUUUGUGUCGUAAAACCAGCUAUUGUUAUACCUACCAAUCGUGAGCCCGUCCCAGGUUGGAUUGAUACGAAUUGUGUCUUUGGUCCAAGUGGACUACUUAUUGGAAUGGGGUUAGGUCUAUUGCAUGUAUUCUUCGCGGAUGUUAACAUUAGAGUUAAUAUUGUGCCUGGUGACAUUGCCACUAAUGCGGUGAUCGCCACGGGAUGGCAGACGGCAAGGCGACAUGCCGCAGGUGACAAGGAGACCAAAGUGUACGCAGUCAGCAACGUAAGGAAUCCUGUUCAAUGGGGUACAAUUGGAAGCUAUUUCCGAGGCGAUGCUAAAAAAUUUAUGUCCCCAUUGGUAACUUACUAUCCGUGGGGAGUCGAGACUAAGUCGAAAUUUAUGUUCUUUAUUUACUCCUGGCUUUUCCACUUCAUACCAGCUUAUAUUAUUGACGCAAUUUGUAUGUUGAUUGGAAAACCAAGAAGAUUUGUAAAGCUAUAUGAAAAAGUCUACAAAAUGACAAAAGUAUUUAGUUAUUUUAAUUGCAAUGAAUGGAAAUUUAGCGAUGAUAAUCUACGGCAAUUAUAUGUGUCAAUGGCUAAUGAUGAUAAAGAGAUUUUCAAUAUUGAUUUAACUGAUAUCGAUUGGUUUGAUCAAAUGAACAUUUGGAUAAUUGGCCUGCGUAAAUAUAUUGUCAAGGACGGUCUUACUGGAACAGGUUACGCCUUAAAGAAAUAUUACUUACUGAGAUUCAUCCACUACAUUAUAUCAGGUCUGUGUCUAUAUUCCUUAUGGAAAGCUUCGUGUUGUGUGUUCUAUUUCUUGAGUUCCAUUUUUUAG